UUAAUUACUCGAUUAAAACAAUUCGGCCCCUCUUUCCGGGGCUAAUUGCCGUCGCAAGGAAAUCAGCUCGGCGAGGUUUUGUUAAUCCGAAAUGCGUUAAACUAAGCUAAUGGGAGGUUCAGUAGCGCCUGCCUCUCUCCUUACUUAAAUAGUCUCCAAGUGCUGCUGUGUGUGCUCUUCUAGUCUUCUGCUUUUGCUUCUCUCUUCUCUGCUACUUUCUCUCUCUUCGUCUCCAAUUGUUGUAGUUGUAGGUUGGUCUGCUGUUGUUCUUCCAUUCUUCAUGAGGGUUUGGGUUCUUGGGCAGUUCUUCGCUUGGCCAAGGGACGUCGCACUGCGAGUUCUCUCCAUCGACAUGUGAAGUCAUCCAAGAAUACGGCAGGACGCAAGAACUCGGCGGCCUUCUUCUCCAUUGGGGUCUCUUCAUUUUUGCGGGAAUCGACGCGUGCGAAUUAGAGUCAUGGCCGCCUCCCCGCCCUUGACGACGGCGGCCUCGUGCUUCUUGGUGGCGGUGGUGUUGCUGCUUCAAGUGACGGUGCCCGCCAUUGCCGGCGCCGAGGAGGAUGCAGCUGCGCUGCUUGCCUUCCGGCGUGAGUCCGUGGCGGACGAUCCGCGCGGUGCGCUCGCGGGCUGGGCGCGCGGCGCGGCGGAGAACUCCACCGCGGCGCCGUGCUCGUGGGCUGGCGUCUCGUGCGCGCCGCCGCCCGACGGCCGCGUCGUCGCCGUCAACCUCAGUGGCAUGGUGCUCGCCGGCGAGCUCCGGCUCGACGCGCUCCUCGCGCUCCCGGCGCUCCAGCGCCUCGACCUCCGCGGCAAUGCUUUCUACGGCAACCUCUCGCACGCCGCGGUCACGCCGUGCGCGCUCGUGGAGGUGGACAUGUCGUCGAACGCCUUCAACGGGACGCUCCCUCCGGCGUUCCUGGCGUCGUGCGGCGCCCUGCAGAGCUUGAACCUGUCGAGGAACUCCCUCGUCAGCGACGGGUUCCCGUUCGCGCCGUCGCUGCGGUCGCUCGACCUGUCUCGCAACCGUUUGGCGGACGCCGGCCUGCUCAACUACUCCUUCGCAGGCUGCCACGGCCUGCGGUACCUCAACCUCUCCGCCAACCAGUUCGCUGGGCGGCUGCCGGAGCUCGCGCCUUGCAGCGAGGUCGCCGUGCUCGACGUCUCGUGGAACCACAUGUCGGGCGCGCUGCCUGUCGGGCUCAUGGCCACUGCGCCGACCAACUUGACGUACCUGAGCAUCGCCGGGAACAACUUCACCGGCGAUGUCUCGGGGUACGGCUUCGGCGGGUGCGCGAACCUGGCGGUGCUGGAUUGGUCCUACAAUGGCCUAAGCAGUACCAAAUUGCCGCCGGGCCUCGCCAACUGCCGCGGGCUUGAGACGCUGGACAUGUCGGGGAACAAGCUCCUCUCUGGCCCGAUACCUACGUUCUUGACAGGUUUCUCGUCGUUGCGGCGACUGGCAUUGGCCAGCAACGAGUUUUCCGGUCCGAUACCGGAUGACCUGAGCCAGUUGUGCGGCAGAAUUGUUGAGCUGGACUUGUCAAGCAACCGGCUGGUUGGUGGCUUGCCGGCAAGCUUUGCAAAGUGCAGGUCCCUCGAGGUGCUUGACCUCGGUGGCAACCAGCUCUCCGGGAACUUUGUGGUCAGUGUUGUCAGUACCAUCUCCUCACUCCGUGUGCUGAGGCUCUCCUUCAACAACAUCACCGGCCUGAACCCGCUGCCGGUGCUCGCGGCGGGUUGCCCAUUGCUUGAGGUGAUCGACCUUGGGUCCAAUAAGCUUGACGGGGAGAUAAUGGCAGACCUGUGCUCAUCACUGCCGUCGCUGCGGAAGCUGUUCCUCCCGAACAAUUACCUCAAUGGCACAGUGCCGCAGUCCCUUGGCAAUUGCGCCAAUCUGGAGUCCAUUGAUCUCAGCUUCAACUUGCUGGUUGGCCAGAUUCCAACAGAAAUCAUGGCGCUGCCGAAGCUUGUUGAUCUUGUCAUGUGGGCGAAUGGCCUGUCCGGCGAGAUUCCGGACAUGCUUUGCUCCAAUAGUACUACAUUGGAGACAUUGGUGAUAAGCUACAACAGCUUCACUGGAGGGAUACCCCCUUCCAUCACCAAAUGUGUCAAUCUUAUCUGGGUGUCGCUCUCCGGCAACCGCCUCACCGGGAGCAUGCCUCGGGGAUUCGGUAAGCUCCAGAAGCUUGCCAUCCUGCAACUCAAUAAGAAUCAGCUCUCUGGCCAUGUGCCGGCAGAGCUCGGCAGCUGCAACAACCUCAUCUGGCUCGACCUCAACAGCAACAACUUCACCGGCACGAUACCACCGGAGUUAGCUGGCCAGGCAGGGCUCGUCCCGGGGGGGAUUGUGUCAGGGAAGCAGUUCGCGUUCCUGCGGAAUGAGGCCGGCAACAUCUGCCCGGGUGCUGGUGUGCUCUUUGAGUUCUUUGGCAUCCGGCCAGAGAGGCUGGCUGCGUUCCCAGCCGUGCACCUGUGCCCAUCCACAAGGAUAUACACCGGCACAACGGUGUACACAUUCAGCAGCAAUGGAAGCAUGAUCUUUCUCGACCUCUCCUACAAUGGCCUCACUGGUGCAAUACCAGCGAGCCUCGGGAACAUGAUGUAUCUGCAAGUCCUUAACGUGGGACACAAUGAGCUCAAUGGUACAAUACCAUAUGAAUUCUCAGGGCUCAAGUCAAUUGGCGCGCUUGACCUCUCAAACAAUCAUCUCACUGGUGGCAUCCCUCCGGGCCUAGGCGGUCUGAAUUUCCUCGCCGACUUCGACGUCUCCAACAACAACCUGUCUGGCCCGAUCCCUUCAUCAGGUCAGCUGACCACAUUUCCUCAGUCCCGGUACACCAACAACUCUGGCCUCUGUGGCAUCCCUUUGCCUCCUUGCGGUCAUGAUCCCGGGCGAGGAGGCCAGCCACCAGUUUCACCUGAUGGGAGGAGGAAGGUCAUUGGAGCAAGCAUCCUUGUCGGAGUAGCGCUCUCCGUGCUCAUACUGCUCUUGCUGCUGGUCACUCUCUGCAAGCUCAGGAGGAACCGCAAGACUGGAGAGAUGAGAACCGGGUACGUUGAGAGCCUUCCAACAUCUGGCACAUCAAGCUGGAAGCUUUCCGGUGUCCCUGAGCCACUAAGCAUCAAUGUGGCCACAUUUGAGAAGCCACUGAGGAAGCUCACAUUUGCGCAUCUCCUCGAGGCUACCAACGGCUUCAGAGCAGAGGCCCUCAUAGGCUCAGGGGGAUUUGGUGAGGUAUACAAGGCCAAGCUCAAGGAUGGCACCGUUGUUGCCAUCAAGAAGCUAAUCCAUUUCACAGGCCAGGGUGACAGGGAAUUCACUGCAGAGAUGGAGACCAUAGGCAAGAUCAAGCACCGCAACCUUGUGCCGUUGCUCGGAUAUUGCAAGAUCGGUGAUGAGCGGCUCCUCGUGUACGAAUACAUGAAGCAUGGCAGUCUGGAUGUUGUGUUGCAUGACAAGGCCAAGGCUGGUGUGAAGCUUGACUGGUCAGCAAGGAAGAAGAUUGCAAUUGGUUCGGCAAGGGGCCUCGCUUUCCUCCACCAUAGCUGCAUCCCCCACAUCAUUCACCGGGACAUGAAGUCAAGCAAUGUGCUUCUUGAUAGCAACCUUGAGGCCCGUGUCUCGGACUUUGGGAUGGCAAGGCUGAUGAAUGCACUUGAUACUCAUCUGAGUGUGAGCACGCUUGCAGGCACGCCUGGGUAUGUGCCACCUGAGUACUACCAAAGCUUCAGGUGCACGACCAAAGGCGAUGUCUACAGCUAUGGUGUUGUGCUGUUGGAGCUCCUGUCGGGGAAGAAGCCGAUCGAUCCAAAUGAGUUUGGUGACAAUAACCUUGUGGGUUGGGUGAAGCAGAUGGUGAAGGAGAACAGAAGCAGUGAGAUCUUUGAUCCCACACUGGCAGACACAAAGUCAGGGGAAGCUGAGCUCUAUCAGUAUCUGAAGAUCGCUUCCGAGUGCUUGGAUGAUCGGCCUAACCGGAGGCCAACCAUGAUACAGGUCAUGGCAAUGUUCAAAGAGCUACAGCUUGACUCCGAUAGCGACUUCCUCGACGGCCUCUCGAUCAAUUCAUCGACCAUAGAUGAAUCAGCAGAGAAAUCGACAUAACAUUUUCUGAUCCUUGCAGAUUUUGAUUCUCCGGAGGGAUAGAACAGCAACUAGCUCAGUCAUUUUAGCUCCGAGGUAGCAGAAGGUAGUCUCCUCCAAUUUAGUAGGAAAAGUUAUGAUUUUGAUUCCGUCACUGUAUAUAGUACACAAAUGGGUAGGGUGCAAUUGCGGAAAAGCUGUUCUCUUCUGUUGGAGAGAUCGGCAUGUAUUUUAGAAUGAAAUUCCCAGUGUUUCAGCAUCAAUCUUGUUGAGGAUGUAAUACAGAUAGCUUUUCUGCACCUGCUUAUGUUCUGGCUCUGUUUUCUUGCCUACACCUAAAAUUUCAUGUAUGAACGUCAUAGUGUCUUGCAACUUAAUACCGUCAUUACAAGAAC